AAAAAAGCUUUGAGGAGAGCUGCAUAUCGGCAGAGAAAAGAUCGGAAUCUCCAAGAUGAACAUGCACAGGCCCUUAUUUUAUCUGCCAACCCAACUAGCUCCAACUAUACAUCAUUCUCGGUUGAUGCGACGACAUUUCAUGCUACAACCACUGUCACAUCUGGUCUCCUUAAUGACAUGGAGGUACAAGAUGUGGUCUUGAAUAACACCCAAGAAACAAAGCAAAAAACCGACGAAGAACUCAAGAGAGAUCGUAGAAACGCCCUGCGGAGAGCUGCUUAUAGGAGGAAAAAGGAUAAGCUUAUCCAUGAUGAAAACAUACGUCCACUUUCGUUAUCAGCCAACCCUAAUAGCUCCAGCUAUAUAGAAUUCGAGGGUGACGCAGCAACAUUUCCCCAUUCAACAUUAGACGCGUCUGUUGUCACUCAUGACAAUGAUCUAGCUAGGAGGCAACGUGAUAAUGAGCGGAAAAGAAAUUUAACAAACGCGCAAAGGGAGCAAAUAAACGCACAGAGGCGUGCAGAUUAUCAGCGGAAUAAGGACAAGGUAUCUGUUGAUGUCAGAGAAACAGUGAAUGAAAAAGUACGAGAGAAGCGAAUGCAACGUCGCAAAAGCAUGUCAGUGAUUGAGAAGGGGGAGUCAAGUGCUCAGAGGAAGGCCAAUUAUGCCAGAAGAAAAAACACCCCAUGCAACGAAUCCAUCGCGCUCCCACGUCCAGACCUAGCAAACUCAACCUCUGAAUGUCCCACUUUAAUCUGCCGCGCAUCAUCCGUCUCUCGGGUCGCCGAAGAUGAUUCAUCUGAUGGCGACCCUCCGACGAACAAGACGAAUUACAUUGUUGGUAUCGAAGGUAUGAAAUUGCUAAUGUCACUUUCUUCUGCUCAUUAUCAGCAACCAUCUUCUAACAUGAUGUUAUCUACUGUGACAUUCGCAACGACGAAUGUCCAGAGGACAUCGAAUUUUUACAAAGCGGCAUCGUGGGCGAUGAGCCGACAGCAGCCGAAUUGAUGGAUGAGGAGUACUACAUGUUUCGCAACGAAGGUAUGGUCAGAUAUGAAGUAGGACGGCAUGCAUCUAUAUUGUAGUUAAUUUUUUUUUUUGUAAUUUUUGUUUUGAACGUUAUGUUUCAACAAAUGCUCGUAGGGUCCGAUCAUGACAACAUGGAUGAUGACGAGGAAGGGAGCAUGUCGUCUGCUAUACCUAGCGAGGUUGAUCCGUUAGAAUUUGUUUACACAAACAUCCCCGACACCACUCACAUCCCGAAGCUCGACGCAAACUGCAAACACUGCAAGGCCAAAAAGUUUGUCUCUGAGACCGACGGGUUCUGCUGUCGCAAUGGCCAGAUCGAACUUAAACAACCGGAGCCAAUCCCAAAGCUGAUGAGGCUAUGGUCAAGCAUGGAUGCAGAUUCUAGACAUUUUCGGGAGAACAUACGGUUCUUCAAUGGGCAUUUCGCCUUCACAACCCUUGGCGUCAGCCUUGAUGAGAACUACACAAACAUGAAGUCUGGGGUGUACACAUUCCGUGCGCACGGCUCCAUCUACCACAAUGUGCAUUCGUUCGGGCCUAGCUCCCGUCCAGAACAUCUGCAGUUGUACUUCUAUGAUGAUGACCCAACCAUAACUCAUCGUAAGGUGGCCACCAAGCAAUUAGACCAGGAUGUCGUGAAGAAGUUAGUAGACAUACUCAAAGAAAACCCGUACUCCCAGCAAUUUAGGAGUUUGGGUGCACACAAGGACAACCUCAAUGAUUAUAGGAUAGACCUAAACACCGAUAAGAGGCUCGACCAAAGAAGAUAUAAUAGACCGUUGUCAUCUGAGGUCGCUGCAAUUUGGGUUGAGGGCAACGACCUAGCAAAAAGGUUUGACCGGAGGAUAACACUUUGUGGUAACAACAACGAAAGGCAUAGUAUACGUGUGACCUCCAGAGCAUAUGACCCGUUGUCUUAUCCCCUAUUCUAUCCAAGGGGGGAGCUAGGUUGGCAUCCAAAGCUACUUAAACGUAAUGUAACGGAGGAGGUUGUACUACAUUCUCAACUGGUCCAUGAUGAUGAUGAGGAUGCAGGUAUGCCGUCUGCAUCCCAUUUUGCUACAAAUAAUAUCUUAUUUCUCGAAUAUAU